CUGUGGGGAGGGCCUGGAGGCCCCGGCCCACCCGCCCCUCCUCUCCAGCUUGGCUGCUUGUUCUAGGAGCGGAGCUGGGUGGGAAGGGGCGUGUGCCGGCGCACGCGCGCUCCGCAAGAAAGAGCGGGCCGGUUUUUUUCGGAAGGGCUACCGGGGUGCCGUCGAGAGGCCAGGACAGAGGAAGAGGGGGCCAUGGCUGCCCUCCUCCUGCUGCCCCUGCUGCUGCUGCUGCCGCUGGUGCUGCUGAGGCUGCGCCUCUGGCCUCAGCUGCGCUGGCUCGCGGCAGACCUCGCCUUCACGGUGCGCGCCCUGCGCUGCAAGAGGCAUCUCGGAGCUCGUGCGCGGGCUGCGGCCGCCGCCGACCCCGCGAGCCCCGCGGCCGGCUGCAGCCUGGCCUGGCGCCUGGCGGAGCUGGCCCGGCUGCGCCCCGCGCACACCUUUCUCAUCCACGGCGCGCGGCGCUUCAGCUACGCGGAGGCGGAGCGCGAGAGUAACCGAGCCGCGCGCGCCUUCCUGCGUGCGCGGGGCUGGGACGCAGGACCCGGUGGCGACCGGGGCGACCCGGGCUCCGGGAGUGCGGGCACGGAAAGACUCGAGGCUCCGCGCGAGGGGGACGCGGCGGCGACGACCGGAAGCGGUGCCGAGUGCGGAGAGCAUGGGGCGGCCCGAGGUGGAGGAGCUGCGGUCCCUCUAGCCACCGGGGCGACCGUGGCGCUGCUCCUCCCUGCCAGCCCCGAAUUCCUGUGGCUCUGGUUCGGGCUGGCCAAGGCCGGCCUCCGCGCGGCCUUUGUGCCCGCCGCCCUGCGCCGCGGCCCCCUGCUGCACUGCCUCCGCAGCUGCGGCGCGCGCGCCCUGGUGCUGGCGCCAGAGUUUCUGGAGUCCCUGGAGCCCGAUCUGCCGGCCUUGAGAGCUAUGGGGCUCCACCUGUGGGCAACAGGCCCUGGAACCCAUGGUGCUGGAAUCAGCGACUUGCUGGCCGAGGCAGCAGCCCAAGUGGAUGCGCCGGUGCCGGGGUACCUCUCCGCCCCCAAGAACAUGACGGACACGUGCCUGUACAUCUUCACCUCCGGCACUACGGGCCUCCCCAAAGCCGCUCGGAUCAGUCAUCUGAAGAUCCUGCAGUGCCAGGGGUUCCACCAGCUGUGCGGGACCCACCAGGAGGAUGUGAUCUACCUCGCCCUCCCACUCUACCAUAUGUCUGGCUCCCUUUUGGGCAUUGUGGGCUGCCUGGGCAUUGGGGCCACGGUGGUGCUGAAGUCCAAGUUCUCAGCUGGCCAGUUCUGGGAGGACUGCCAGCGGCACGGGGUGACAGUGUUUCAGUAUAUCGGGGAGCUGUGCCGAUACCUGGUCAACCAGCCCCCGAGCCCAGCGGAGCAUGGCCAUAAGGUCCGGCUGGCCGUGGGCAGCGGGCUGCGGCCAGACACCUGGGAGCGAUUCGAGCGGCGUUUCGGGCCCCUGCGGGUGCUGGAAACAUACGGGCUGACCGAGGGCAACGUGGCCACUUUCAACUACACAGGGCAGCGGGGCGCUCUGGGGCGCGCUUCCUGGCUUUACAAGCGCCUUUUCCCCUUCUCUCUGAUCCGCUAUGAUGUCACCACAGGGGAGCCAGUCCGGGACACCCAAGGGCGCUGCGUGCCCACAUCUCCAGGUGAGCCGGGGCUGCUGGUGGCCCCCGUGAGCCCGCAGUCCCCGUUCCUGGGCUACGCCGGGGGCCCUGCGCUGGCCCAGGGAAAGCUGCUGAAGGAUGUCCUCCAGCCUGGAGAUGUUUACUUCAACACUGGAGACUUGCUGGUCUGUGAUCACCAAGGCUUCCUUCGCUUCCACGAUCGGACUGGAGACACUUUCAGGUGGAAGGGGGAGAAUGUGGCCACCACGGAGGUAGCCAAGGUCUUCGAGGCCCUGGACUUUCUUCAGGAAGUGAACGUCUAUGGAGUCGUGGUGCCAGGGCACGAGGGCAGGGCUGGAAUGGCCGCCUUAGUUCUACGUCCCCCCCACGCUUUGGACCUCGCGCAGCUCUACGCCCAUGCUGCUGAGAACUUGCCACCUUAUGCCCAGCCUCGAUUCCUACGGCUCCAGGAGUCCCUGGCCACCACUGAGACGUUCAAACAGCAGAAAGUUCGGAUGGCAAAUGAGGGCUUUGACCCGAGUACACUAUCUGAUCCCCUCUACAUUCUGGACCAGGCUGUAGGUGCCUACCUGCCCUUCACACCUGCCCGGCACAGUGCCCUCCUGGCCGGGGACCUUCGGAUCUGAGACUGCACGUCCAAGGCACCUGAAGGAGGGGCUCGGAGGGGUAGAGGCCAUUGUGGGGAUGCUGAGGCUGGAGGGAUCUUUUAUAUAUCAACUCAUUGUCAUUUUUCCUAAUAAAUGGGCUGGAGCUGGUCAGAUCCUGACUUUCUGAUCUGCAUUUACCUCCUCCUGAACCUGUGUGGAGCUGCCCUUCCCUGGACACCACAGUUCCCCAUUUGACCUAAUGUGGACCUGAGCUGUGUCUGGACCUGAUGCGUCUCCUCUC